AUGGCAAAAGAUAUUAGGCCAGAUGACAUUGGACACGGACGAGAUGCCCAAAGUCCUGAAGAUGCAGAAAAAAGAACCAAGCAGUAUCUUUCUAACUCGACCUUGUACCCCAAUGGAAAACUCAAGCUGGAUGGAAAGAUGGACAUCGUUAAACAGCGUUUUGAAGACUUCCGUGUCAAGGCCAAAGGGAUCCCCCCAAAGCCGCAUUUCUUCCUCGCCCAUCAGAUCCAUCUCGCGGAAGAUAAACGUUUCUGGCUCAUCGGAAGACGAGAUGGAUUCGAUCAAGUCCAGUACAUCAAUCCCAACGGCAAGGAACGGGACGGCCACGCGGGCAUGUCCAUGAUUCAUAUUAUGGGUAUCCCUAGGAACGACCCCAAGAGAGACGGCUCGCUGAGCCGCGAGCCGAUUUACAACGGCGUCUCCUUGCAUGCCAAGAACGCCGACGUCCUCGAGCACAUGAAGAAGACAUUCAAAUUCUGGUGGGAGAAGGAGCCCAACAAGCGCACGCGCAAGAACAUCAUCGGCGCGCAGGCGCGGGCGAUCGUGUGGAAGUUCAAGGAGGACGUCAAGGCGCUGGGCAACAAGGACGGGGUGGACGCGCAGACCAAGGCUGACAACGCCAAGAAGGGCGUGCAGGGCGAGUACCAGGGCGGCGCCGAGCUGCUGGACCAGGUCGAGGAGAUCCAGGAGAAGAGCUGCAUCUCGACGGCCGAGUUCCGGUACGAGGACCUGCACCGCUGGGACCGCUUCCUCGGCCUGCUGUGCAUGCACCUCCGCGGCCGCGCGCAGGUCAAGAAGAACCCCAAGUUGAGCCCGUCGGUGCUGGGCUGGCAGCACCCCGUCAAUCGCCUGCUCAAGGCCCACGAGAGCUACAAGCUGCUGAGCAAGUACGAGGAGGAGAAUGUGAUCCGGUUCGAGGACUUUGACUUUGCGCUGCACCUCCGGCCGGACAACAGCGUCGAUUAUCUCCACAUGCACAUCUUCCUCUGGCCUGCUCGGUACCGCAUCUACAGCUGUGUCAUCUGGGAUCCUCUGUACAAGAGCAUUGUUGAGGUUGCCAAGGUCGCUAUGCAGUACCCAGGCCCUGUGGGAGAGACGGCUGGAUCGUCUGGCUCGAACAAGCAGCAGCAGUCUGGGCAAGCCAAACAACUGCCAUGGGGAUUUGAGGAGCCCGACAACAAAGACGCCCAGAUCAAGGCGCUGAAGCACCGUAUCGAGCUCCUGGAACAGUACUGCAAGGCGAAGGGAAUCGGCCUGCCCCAGGACCAAGCCGCUGCCAAAGCUCAGCCACAACAGGCUCGAAUAGUGGCCCCCAGUGCCGCAAAGACAGUUGCUCAGCCGGGACACGGCAAUGCCCCAGCGAAGGGGUCGCAGCAGCAGAUAGCAGUGAGAUCUGACGCCAAGAAGGCAACGCAUACGACGAAGGCGGCAGGACAAGCUGGCAGUGCAACUGCCACUCGAUAG